AAUUAGAAUGCGUAGAUAGAUUAAUCCCGCCCUGCAACCCCCCCUGUUACCCCCUUAUAAAAGGAUGUGGGGCGUGUAUGCCGCUAACAAACUUUUCAGGACUGAUGUGUACAGUGCAGUGGUAUGAGUUGUAGUGGGCUCGUCAGAUACUGUGUUAGACUGUCAUCUUGGUGCCCCGGCUUUGGUUGUGUCUAUCGACAAAGGAUUGCAUCGUAGGGCAGGGACAGCUUCCAGGGCAGGUAGCGUUUCAUCUAAUGGCCCAGGAGACGCGAAGGCAACAUGCGAUGUAACAAGUUUGAGGCAAGUGGAAGCGGAUUGACGAAUUUCCGGCAUAAAAAGGGAAGGAUUCUAGAAAGCCAGACUCAGGAUGUAGGGGCUGUGGAAUGGAAGUCGACGGAUAAGAAGCUCGACCACUCUCGUGCUUUGUUGCUGCAAAGCCUCGGAGAGUAUCAACAAGCCCCGGGGGUUGUCGCGCCAUUCGGUAUCAGAAGCAUACUAGCUCGGAUUAGCUCGAAAAGAGGUUUGUACAUUGGUAAUUCUUUCGAAAUGCGCCAGCGCUUGGUUGCCGGUUACUGGAUAAUGUGCGAGGAAGAAAUGGGAGAGGAAAACAUACGUGUCAAAGUCGUGAGCAAACCCUUGUCAUUGCCAAGGCUCGUCUGCCACACGCUGGAGGAAGGUGAACCGAAAAGCCGACGAUAUGGAAGCGUCUGUAUGGCCGUGCAGGAAACCGCUCAAAUGCCCAAGGACCAAAGUCCUAGAGCUGUCGUCACUAUCAGCGAGGCUCAUCACAUCUAUUUUUUUCUAACGGCCACAAGCGCGCAAGAGCGUCUAAUGUUCGCAAGUACCGGAGAUGGCAACCAGCCGCAGCGGCAAGUGGACAAAGCUAAGCGUGCCGCCCUCAUCGACACAGCUAGGGCUGAGCGGGACAGGCUGUGUAGCGUCACGAUAGCCGUUACAGGGUCACGUUUUGCGGGAGGAUUCGGUGGAUUACCCGUCGCCUGCUGUUGUGCUGAUGUGGAUGUGGAUGUGGAUGUACAUAUCUAG